AUGAAAGUUGUGGAGAAGAAGGAUUUGGAUCGACUCAAAAUGCAGCUGAAAGGGAUUGAAGGUGUAGCAAAAACUCUCGAAACUGAUAUCAACAACGGGAUUCCUGAUAAUGAAAAGAAGAUUGCUCGACGACGUAAAAUGUUGGGUUCCAACACAUAUAAAAAGCCAGCUCCACAGGGUUUGUUAAUAUCAAUAUGGGACUCUCUACGAGCAUUUGUGGUCUUCAAGGAAUUCGUUAGCGUUUUUGUUUCCUUUUUCCUUUUUGUUGCUGCGUCUGCCAUUGGUAGACAUAGACCCUCUCGCAAAAAGUCGAAAGCCAGCAACAACACUGUAAACCAAAUCGAAGUUUUGCGAGGUGGGAAAAUCAAGAAGAUUCCGAUAUCUGAAAUCGUUGUUGGAGAUGUAGUUUGCUUAAACAUUGAAGACAAAGUUCCAGCAGAUGGCUUGUUCUUAAAAGGGAAUAACCUGCAUGUAGACGAAUCGAGCAUGGUAGAGGAUGGUACUGAUGAUCGUGAGAGUCACAACGUGAAGAUUGACGAGACGAAUCCAUUUCUGUUUUCUGGAUCUCGAGUGGUUGAUGGUUAUGGUUGUCAGAUGGUGGUCACCUCAGUUGGCAUGAAGGCAAAAUGGUGCAAAAUCUUGAAUCAACAUAGUAGCAAGACAAGUGAUCGGGAAACCACAGUAGAAGAGCGACUGAACAGGUUUACUUACUCAAUACGUAUCAAGAUUGGUCUGCCAAUUGCCAUCAUAGGUUUUGUAAUCAUGCUCGGCAGAUACAUUUGUGGGAAAGCCACAAACAUUUAUGGACGGCGGGAAGAUUUUAUGUCUGGUCUUGCUGAUGAAAAUUAUAAAUUUUUGGAUUCUUCACUUGUGCAAUUUGUAACAACUGCCUUUACCACUAUUGUGGUUGCAAUUCCAGAAAGCUUGAGAUUUGGUGUGCAACUUACUAUCUUUUUUUCAAAGAAGAGAACGAUGGGUGAGAUGCAAAUGGUGAUAGAUCUCUCUGGUUCUGAGACUAUGGGAUCUAUAACCGCCAUUUGUACCAACAAGACAGGCACUCUAACCAUGAACCACACCAAGGUCACGAAGUUUUGGCUUGGCCAAUGCUCUUUGGAAAAAGAAGCUUCUUUUUCAAAUGUUUCUAAUCUUGUUCAAAACUUGUUACAAGAGGGAAUUGCUCUGAAUACAAGUAGUGGUAGAAAUGGUACUCCAACUGAUAAAGCAAUUCUUUCAUGGGCAAUUCAUGACUUGCAUAUAGAUAUGAAAGUGAAAAGUAGGUGCGCAAUUCUUCGUCACUGCGUUUGCCAUGAUCAAGAGGCUGCAACUUUCAGUUCACAGUCACAGUCACAGUCACAGUCACACAAGAAAUUAAGAAGUGGGAUUUUGAUGAAGAGGAUGGCAGACAACACAGAGCAUAUCCACUGGAAAGGAGAAGCAGAGGUGAUUCUAGAAAUGUGCUCAAGCUACUACGACAAGUCCGGGACCAUCAAAGAUCUCGAUGAUAGACAAAAAGAGGAAUUCCAUCGAAUCAUUCAAGGAAUGACCGAGAGCAGCCUCCAGUGCAUUGCUUUUGCUGGCGUCAGAGUUGAUUCGGAUGGAAAUCAUCAUCAAAUGCUGAAAGAAAAUGGUCUGGUACUAUUAGCACUGGUGGGUGUUACUGUCGAGGAACCAUGUCGUCCAGAAAUGAAGGAAGCCGUGAAAGAUUGCCACAAUGCCAAAGUAGAUGUCAAGAUGUUCACGGGCGACGAUGUUUCCACGGCAAAACACAUAGCCAGAGAGUGUGGAAUACUAACAGAUCCAUGCCAGGAGGGAGAAGUAAUAAAAGGUGAGGCGUUUCGUAGCUACACUUUAAAGGAAAGAGUGCAAAAAGUUGACAAAAUCAGAGUCAUGGCAAGCUCAUCUCCUGAUGAUAAACUGCUAAUGGUAAAAACCUUGAAGGAAAAAGGAGACAUUGUUGCAGUGUGUGGCAAUAGCAAAAAUGAUGUAUUGCCAAUGGUUGAAGCUGAUGUAGGAAUCUAUAUGGGUACGGAAGGCACCGAUGUAGGCAAGAAGAUCUCCAACUUCGUAAUCUUGGAUGAUAACUUUGCAGCAGUGGCCAAUGUUCUGAAAUCAAGCAUAUGCAUUUACAACAACAUACAGAAAUUCAUACAGUUCCAGCUCACUCUCAAUCUUGCUCUUCUUGAUAUCAUCUUCAUUUCAGCAGUUUUCAAAGGUGAAAUCCCAUUUAACUCGGCCCACGUAUUGUGGGUGAACUUGAUUUUGAGUACACUGGCUGCUCUGGCUCUUGCAACAGAGAAGCCCACCAAGGAGCCCAUCAAGAGGCAACCUUUGGGCCGGAAGGAGCCACUCAUAUCCAAUGUCAUGUGGAGAAACCUCUUGGGUCAAGUUGUAUACCAGAUUGUCGUGGUUUUCACACUAAUGUUCAAGGCCAAAUCAAUUUUGGGUGUUGACGAUAGUGAGGGCGAAAUUUUUUUUUUAAAAAGAAAUGCCUUGAUCUUCAAUGCUUUCAUGCUCUGCCAAGUUUUCAAUUUAUUCAAUGCAAGAAAUCUAGAGAGUAUCAAGAAGGUGUUUAAAGGAAUACACAGGGACAUUACGUUUCUACUGAUCAUUGUAAUAACCAUUUCUUUUCAGCUAGCGUUUGUGGAAUUUUUUCUGCCCAGUGACGAUGAUUAUGCAAUUAAGAGGUUGAAGAAGCAAUGGGGUAUAUGUUUUGGAAUUGCCGUCAUUUCUUGGCCUAUCGAUUGGGUCGUCAAGUGCAUACCUGUUCCAGACAAACCGCUUCUAAGCUAUCUAGGCAUAGGUUACACGCGGUGGCUCAAUGUAUGA